UAUUCCAGUACAAAUCGAGAGGAUGACGAGAGUGGUUUAUUUUUCUGCAAUAUUCCUGGGAAGCCUAGCCUAUUUCCAUGUUGAGGGCUCCUACAAGUUCAAUUCGCUGGCCUGCGAGAUUCUUAGCCCCCAGCUGGGCUGGAUCAAAGAGUGUGCCAUCAAGGCCAUCGAUCGGAAGCGCAACAUGUUGAAUAUUGUGGCAUAUUUGAACAGAACCAUUACAGAAUUACAAAUCCAUUUCCGAUUGGUGAAACGCGAAAGCGGAGGCUGGCAUCCGUUUCUGUACGAUAUGAAGGUGGAUGCUUGCAUGUUCUUCAGGAACCGCCGAAAACUGUUUAUUCCCAAUAUAAUUUACUCAACAUUAAAGCAGUUUACGAAUGUAAAUCACAGCUGUCCGUAUUUGGCUGGCACUGAACUGACUCUGAUGCAUUGGACUCCGAAUGAAACGAUGAUACUCGAGAAACUUCCCGUAGAAUUUGGCCAAUAUGGACUACAAACAACUUGGUAUUCGGGCAAUGUGCGUGCUUUGGAAAUUAAUGGAUCAGUUCUAUACUAUAAGUGAUUUGUAUUUACUUAAUACCAUGCUCUUGAGGCUCAAA